AACGCCGUCGCCGCCGCCACUAAACAAACCCGAGCGCGGCACCAGUCAACGGGGGGGGUGGUGCGGCCGCUGUGGAGCCUUCGAUGUGCUGGGCACGGUCGGGCAGCGAGGCUGAGCUCUGUGGGAGCACAGACACAAGGGAAGGAUGCCUGUGGUGUGGCCAACUCUUCUGGACCUCAGUAGGGAUGAGUGCAAGAGGAUCCUUCGCAAACUGGAACUGGAGGCCUAUGCAGGUGUCAUCAGUGCCUUGCGUGCACAGGGAGACCUUACGAAAGAGAAGAAAGAUCUUCUUGGAGAACUCUCUAAAGUGCUUAGUAUUUCAACAGAGCGACAUCGUGCUGAAGUUCGGAGAGCAGUAAAUGAUGAACGACUAACAACAAUUGCACACAAUAUGUCUGGACCAAACAGCUCUUCCGAGUGGUCCAUAGAAGGCCGUCGACUGGUGCCACUGAUGCCACGACUUGUUCCACAAACAGCUUUUACUGUUACUGCAAAUGCUGUUGCCAAUGCAGCCGUUCAGCACAAUGCAUCUCUUCCAAUUCCUGCAGAAACUGGGAACAAAGAAGUGGUGGUUUGCUAUUCCUACACAAGUACCACUUCAACCCCAACAUCCACCCCUGUUCCAAGUGGCAGUGUAGCAACAGUGAAGUCCCCCAGACCUGCCAGUCCAGCCUCCAAUGUAGUCGUCUUGCCAAGUGGAAGUACUGUUUACGUCAAAAGUGUCAGCUGCUCAGAUGAUGAUGAAAAACCCCGCAAAAGACGGCGAACGAAUUCUUCUAGUUCUUCCCCUGUUCUUCUGAAAGAAGUCCCGAAGGCAGUGACUCCUGUGACUAAAACUAUCACAGUGCCUGUAAGUGGCAGCCCCAAAAUGAGUAAUAUAAUGCAGAGCAUUGCCAACUCCUUACCACCACACAUGUCGCCUGUGAAAAUAACCUUCACUAAGCCCUCAACACAGACAACAAACACCACAACACAGAAGGUCAUAAUAGUAACCACCUCUCCAAGCUCAACUUUUGUACCCAACAUCCUUUCCAAGUCCCACAACUACGCAGCCGUUACAAAACUUGUUCCAACAUCAGUCAUUGCCUCAACUACUCAAAAGCAGCCCGUGGUUAUCACUGCUUCCCAGUCCUCUGUGGGCAGCAGCAGCAGCAGCUGCUCCACUCCUUCCUGCACUGCAAAUACUAUUGCUGUGACUGCUGUAGUGUCAUCUACACCAUCAGUGGUUAUGUCAACAGUAGCACAAGGUGUGUCUACAUCAGCAAUUAAAGUUGCCUCUACCAGACUACCUUCCCCAAAAGGUUUGGUUGGGAAUCCAACUCAGAUCUUAGCACAGUUUCCCAAACAGCAUCAGCAGUCUCCCAAACAGCAGCUGCACCAAGUCCAACAGGCCCAACAGCAGCAGCAGCAGCAACCGCAGCAGCAGCAGCUGGUGCCAUGUUCUGUAGCCCAGCAGCAGCCACAGCAGUCUCAGCUGCCAGCUGGCAUCAAGCCCACCAUUCAGAUCAAACAGGAAUCAGGUGUUAAAAUAAUCACUCAACAGGUGCAGCCCAGUAAAAUCCUUCCCAAACCAGUUACAGCGACCUUGCCCAGCAGUAGCAAUUCACCCAUUAUGGUGGUUAGCAGUAAUGGGACUAUCAUGACAACUAAACUGGUCACUACUCCCACUGGAACUCAAGCAACAUAUACACGGCCAACAGUGAGUCCUUCUCUGGGGGCUCGGAUGGCUGGAACUCCAGGGGCUGCUACUUACGUGAAAACUACAAGUGGUAGCAUCAUUACCGUAGUACCAAAAUCACUGGCUACUCUAGGAGGGAAGAUCAUCAGCAGUAAUAUUGUUUCUGGAACUACAACCAAAAUCACUACAAUUCCAAUGACAUCGAAACCCAAUGUGAUAGUUGUGCAAAAAACUACUGGAAAAGGAACUACAAUUCAAGGGCUUCCAGGCAAAAAUGUUGUCACAACACUGUUGAAUGCUGGGGGGGAGAAAACUAUUCAGGCAGUGCCAGCAGGAGCAAAACCUGCUAUCAUCACUGCCACAAGACCCAUCACAAAAAUGAUUGUUACACAGCCAAAAGGAAUAGGGUCCACGGUCCAGCCAGCCACCAAAAUCAUCCCAACUAAAAUUGUUUAUGGUCAGCAAGGGAAAACACAGGUCCUCAUAAAACCAAAGCCAGUGACAUUUCAAGCAACAGUUGUGAGUGAACAAACCAGACAGCUGGUGACUGAAACGUUACAGCAGGCAUCAAGGGUAGCAGAGACAGGAAACUCUUCUCUCCCAGAAGUGAAAGAAGAACCACAAACCUACACUGACAGUAGCUCUUCUUCUACGGAGUCUUCCCAGAGCUCUCAAGAUUCUCAGCCUGUAGUCCAUGUGAUUGCUUCAAGAAGUCAAGAUUGGUCAGAACAUGAAAUUGCUGUGGACACAAGCCCUACAAUAAUUUACCAGGAUGUAUCCAAUGAAUCUCAGUCAGCUACUUCCACGAUAAAAGCUUUGCUGGAACUUCAGCAGACAACAGCAGUCAAGGAAAAGUUGGAAUCAAAGCCAAGGCAGCCUACCAUUGACUUGAGCCAAAUGGCUGUCCCAAUCCAGAUGACUCAAGAAAAGAGGCAUUCUCCAGAAAGUCCUUCAAUCGCUGUUGUAGAGUCAGAACUAGUGGCUGAAUAUAUCACAACUGACUCCGGAAGACAACACUGUAUUGGUUCACAUUCGGAAGAAUAUCUACACAACCAUAUAGUCAGUCAUCGGUCCCAGCCCCACCAGUCAUCUCAGCCCCAGAGGACUCUGCUGCAGCACGUGGCUCAGUCGCAGACAGCAACGCAGACUUCUGUUGUGGUGAAAUCUAUUCCUGCAUCCUCCACCGGUGCCAUAACCCAUAUCAUGCAGCAGGCCUUAAGCAGUCAUACUGCAUUUACCAAACACAGUGAACAACUUGGAACUGAGGAAGGAGAAGUGGAAGAGAUGGACACCUUAGAUCCUCAGACUGGCCUGUUCUACAGAUCUGCCCUGACACAAUCGCAGGCACAAAAACAGCAAAAACUGAGUCAGCCGCAGCUGGAACAGACUCAACUGCAAGUGAAAACUCUGCAGUGUUUCCAGACUAAGCAGAAGCAGACAAUCCACCUACAGGCUGAUCAAAUCCAGCACAAACUCCCACAAAUGCCCCAACUUUCCAUAAGGCAUCAAAAGCUAACCCCCCUGCAGCAAGAGCAAGCACAGACCAAACCAGAUGCACAGCACCCCCCACACCAUAUGAUGGCCAAAGAAAGGCAACUCCCUACCUUAGUGGCACAGCCACAGCAAACUGUAGUACAGGUGCUUGCAGUAAAAACCACGCAGCAGCUGCCCAAACUGCAACAGGCACCAACGGCACAAAAAAUCUACGUGCAACCCCAGCCCCCCCAGAGUCAAAUGCAGCUACCUGCCUCUUCAGAGAAACAGCCAGCAAGCCAGGCAUCCACGGAGACAGCAGUAGCAGAUAUAUUGAGAGUGUCUAUGGUGGAAGCUCAGAUUGAUGCAAACAUAGAACAUACGAUAGUGGAUCCCCCAAACAAGGCCACGUCCACUAGUAAACCUGCUAGUGAAGCAGAGUCGUCACCUUGUACCCAGGGCCUGAGGGUGGCUGCAGUAGGGAUGACGGCACCUUCCAUCCCCCAGCAACAGACACAUGCAGAAUCCAGCUCAAGUCCUCCUGCUGUUGGUCCUACUUUAACAGAGAGGAAACUCGAUGCACAAGGAAUACCUGCAACAAACCAGUUUAUACACAUUCAGAACAUAUCACAAAAGAAAGCUGAAGAAAGCUCAUCAGAAAUUGUUGUCCAGACUAUCCCUCACUAUUCCAUCCCUUGUCACUCCAGCUCCAAUGUGGUGGUGGAACCCAGUGGGCUCCUGGAGCUCAACAACUUCACCAGUCAGCGCCUCGAUGAUGAGGAGACAGCAAUGGAGCAAGAUGUGGACAGUAGCACUGAGGACGGCACUGAGCCCAGCCCCUCUCAAAGUUCUGCUGAGCAAUCUUAAGGAUUAGGGACACUGGAGUGCACUUUAAAGUAUCUUGGGAUUUUGAGUAUCCAAGAUGCCCUUCUGUUGUGAUGUCUUAGAGCACUUUGCCUAUUAGAAUUGUUCAUUGGACUCUUGAAGCAUCAGUGUGUUUUAACAAGACAGUAUUGCAAAAGCUGCAUCUUAAAAAUUGUUUUGGGGAAAAAAAGAAGAUGUAGUUACUGAGAUUGAGUAAACCUGUGAGAGUGGAAUGUACUCCUGUUCAAAAACGAAUCUGCAAUGAAUUCUACAGCUUGUGCUAUUGAAGCCCAUGCCCAGAUACUGAAACAGCUUUCCCUGAAAAGAGAUCAUUAUUUUGUUGUGUCUUUUUAGCUGUUGAGCGAAACACCAUUAAAAAAAAAAAAAUAGAAAACAUUUAAUAACUAUUUUUAUUUUCAAAUAGCAUGUGAGAGAAAAAAUGUCUCUGACAGUGCUGGAAAAGCCCCAGGAAUUUUGGAAUUGGUUAGCUUUCUUGCACUCAUGCUCACUUAAAAAUUUUUUUCAGAAGCCUAAAAAUAUAUAUUUUUAAAAUUCUUUCAAGUUGGUGAAUGUUUGGAAAUAAGCAAAAUAAAUCACUAACUCAUAGCAAAGUGGAUUUGCUAGUGGAGUUUUGUUUUCAUGCUUUACAAGAAGUCAGGUAAUGGUAGAUGAGGCAUUUCUUUGUGCCAUAAGCACACAAAAUGCUCACCUACUCUAGUUAACCUUUGUUUAAUUAUUUAAAUAUAAAAUUUCAAGUGAGACAAGUUGUUGGAAAAGCUCCUGUGAAACAGGCAGUUUUAGUAAUUCUAGUACAAACCAGGAAGAAGGAGGUGUCUUUUGCUAUUAAUGAGUUUUUCAAAAUUGGGGAUAAAUAGUUCAACAUCUUUCCAAGUUGAACUUGAGAAUUUACAAGUGAGCUAAGACUUUUAAAGAUCUCUAUUUUACUCUUACAUGCUGUUUUUAAAGUUGACCAUUUGGGGAGUUUAAAAGCUUAAAUGGAUAUACAGUGGUAGGUUUCCAAAAUUAGCCUUAUGCCUUGGCUUGUUGAAGCAAUACAUUGGGGUUUUGUGAUAGUUAAAAGUCACAGAGAGCGGUUUGGGUUCAGAUGGGACAAGAGAACCAGUUUUAAUGCAUUCUGGUGAUCAAGACAAUACUUUUUUUUCCAAAAUGUAUAUAAAACCAUGUUUUUAACUGUUUUGUAUAGAUUUCAUUAUAAAUAACUAAGCAUUUUAUGACUUUGACAUAUCAUUUAAUUGUAUAUACAUGUAUAAGCUUAACUGCCCACGUUUUGGUGCUGAAGUACUACUGUAAGUAGAUUUCAUCCAAAGUCUAAUACAGCUUUUUGCAUCAGUCUUUUUUUUUUAAGCUGUCAUUUUACUGUUGAUAUUGUAGUUAAGGUUAAAAUCCAGUUGGAGUAACUCAAACUAAAAAAUACAAGCCCUAAAAACCAUUUAUAAUACCUGUCCCGAGUAUCCACCUAUGUUAGAACUUGCAAUAACCCCUAGAGGGGGCUCUUGGUUUUCUCUAACCUCAAUUACCUUAUAAAAGUCACUAGGACCUUCAUAUACUUCUCUUUUCCUUCUGUUUUCUUUUUCCAUCAGCAUUAAUUCCAAAAUAAUGUAGUUUAUAAUUGUGGAGAAGUGUUCUGAUAAAUUUGACAUGCAAAUACUGGAAUACUGGGUUAUGAAACAAAUUAUUUUUGUUACCUUUAUAUUGAAAUAAGUAUUGGUUUGGGUUCUGCUGUCCAUAGUGCUCGGGAUUGAAGAGAAUAAUGUUAUAAAUGAAACAUUUCACAUUUCUUUCUUUAGUUAAAUUAUAACCCUGCCAGUAUGUCAUUGUAGGUAGUUCAGGUUUUGAUAACUGUUCAGGAGUUUUUACUCUUAUUUUAAUGAAAUCACAGGCAUCAACAAAAGCGAACAAGUUAUUGCCGAAGUUGUGAAAGUUCCACAUUACUACAAAAUGACAAAAAGUGACUUAAUACUGAUGUUAUUGGCAGUGAACAGUCUGUUGUGCUUUGCAUAAGUCAGCAUAAGGAAUGGUCUGCAUUUUCAUACCCAGCUGUGAAAGGCCCAAAGCAGGUGACACACACAGUUCUUCUGGCUUGUAUCAAAUUUUCAUUGUCACCUGGGCUCUUGCAGUGCUUUGAGUGUCCCUGGCAUGUCUAGGAUGGGAAGGCCAAGAGAAUAUAAGAGAGAGCAAGAUUUUUCUUAAGCAGUUAUGACCAAGAACAUUGCCCUAAGUUACAGUUUCAGUUUUAGGUGAAGGUAUAUGCUUUCCCCAGCCAAAAACAGAUACCAGGAAAUGGCCUAAGGUGAAUUCAACACCUGAUGCAUUUACUAUAUUGAGUUCUGGUCCGAUUUAUUCUGUUUUAUGUAAGACUUGUUUGCCUCUCUAGUGAUGACUGGAGCAAAGGUAUGGACAACUACAGUGGACUAUUUGACAGUUCUUUGAAGACAGCAAAUUGUUAAACACCUGAAAGUUUUACAUGUUUCUUAGAGAAGUGAUUGAUUUCAGGUUGGCAAGUUGAAGCACAUGGUGGGGAUGUCUAGGGGUGAUGUAAGAAACUUAGAAGAAGGAACUUUGGUAAUUAAUGUGUUAAUUCUUGACACUCUUCUCUUGCUGCUUUCCCAAAUUUCAACUUUUCUUCAGAUUCUUCUGUUGAAUUUGUCUGUUUCAGCACUUCACCAUAUGAAUACCUUUAUGUGUAUAUUCUAAAUAAGAAAUAGACAAGAUGACCUAAAAUGUAGGGCAGAUAUGUUAAUUUUUUUUUUUACAUCAUUUUUGAUAAUGACAGUAAGACGAGGUGCUUGGAGCAUUUGGCCUUCUCUCCUUUGCAUGAACUCCAGGCAUCACUGCCUGUUCUUUUGUCCUGCCUGGCAGAUGUGCAGCUUUUCCUACGUGCCCUUGAGAUACUUCAUCCAUCUGCAGCCAUGCAUCCACUUCUCACAGCCCCAUAAAUAUCAGCAAACUGCUAAAAAUAAAACAUCCGUAUGUAAGAUAAUAUUUGCAUAUCCUAUCUCCCUCAUAAGCUGCAUUUUCAUUCCUGAAAUUAAUUUGAUGUCCCUCCUUGGAAUAGAAGAAAGCGUAGGUAUGGUGGUGUUAAUUUUUGGUACAGGGAAUUAGCAGGCACUAGGCUUGUAUCUUAUCAGGAGGCUGUGGAUAAAUUGUAGAGCAAGUGAAAUGGCAUUAAUGAGUCACUUUGAAUUCAGCAGUUUAAUGAACGUGCUCUGGCACUGCAGUAACACAUGAAUUUUCAAAAAAGGAUGCUAAGAAAGUGAACUGAAGUUAGAGGAAUUACUGAAUCUAGGGGGAAUUUAUGUGUGUUUUAAAGAUGCAGAGAAUCACAGAGGACUGCAUGUUGUCUGGAAAGGUUAAACCAUUGGGGUGAAAGUAUUUUCAGUCUCAGUCCUUCUCCCACUGACAAAGCAAGCUUUUGAAAUUUCAGGGCAAAAUAUAAAAAGGGCCCUUAGGGCCCUUUGAACAGAACACAUGACUAAAUCAAUGGGAUUUAAAAAACCCAACAACAAAAAAAACCUACCUGAAGCCUUUUAAAAAAUCAAAAAUCUUGAAUUAAGACUAAAUGCUUUUGUUUCUAAAGUAAAAAUAGUUCCCGAAGUCUAAGGAUUUCACAGGUGAAGGUGGUUGUGCAUCUCCACAGGGGCACACAAAGGCAGAUGGUUUCAGCUUGGUAACAUUCAAUCCAGAGAGGACUGAUCAUAAUUUAGGAUAAUGAACUAGAAAAAUACUGCUUUGGGGUUUGCCUGUGUUGGGAAAAAAGUAUGUUUAGCACUUGUGUGUCUAUGCUGGACUCCUUUCCCUAAGUUUUGAAGUAAACCAUGAAGAAUGUUUGCUAACA